CAGAAAGUCUACGUCCAGCAGCGGAGCAGCAGCAUCUUCUUCGUGGCCGACCGGAAUCGGACCCUGAGUUCCUGUAAAAAGGACCUGGACCGCUUAAAGAAGGAGCUGCAGGAGCUGUGAGGCGGAGGCGGCCAUGUGCGGCAUCUUCUGUGCGCUGAGCCCACCGGCGACCCGGAUCCAGGAGGACGCCGAGUUGCGGGACUUCCUGCGGAGCAGAGGGCCGGACUCUAGUCAGGACCUGACGGUCUGCGGGUCCGACCCGGGGUACCGCUGCUUCUUCUCGGCCCACGUUCUCCACAUGAGGGGCCUCCUGACCCCUCAGCCGCUGCGGGACGGUGCCGGGAACGUCCUGCUGUGGAACGGGGAGGUGUUCGCAGGCCUGGAGGCGGAGCCUGAGGAGAACGACACUGCCGCCGUUUCUGGGAGGCUGGAGUCCUGUAGAACCGCUGCAGAGGUCCUGUCGGUUCUGGCCGAGGUCCGCGGGCCGUGGGCCUUCGUCUACCACCAGAGGGAGCAGAACUUCCUGUGGUUCGGCAGAGACUUCCUGGGUCGGCGCAGCUUGCUGUGGAGAAGCACUUCCGGGUCGCUGGUUCUGAGCUCGGUGGCGGCUCAGCCCACCGGGUCGGACGGGGACUGGAGGGAAGUCCCGGCAGCCGGAGUGUUCCGGGUGGAUCUGGAGGAGUUCGGACGGACCGGUUCCCUCUCAGUGGAGGCGUUUCCCUGGGACGGCGCCGCCGCCGCCGAGCCCGGAUCCUCUCCCAGCGACUGCCAGGUGGUUCUGAACAGGGACGGCCUGCUCCUCCCCUCGCCGGUCGCUCCUUUAAAUCUAUCCCUCCCUCCCCCCUCGGGUCGCUCGGAACCACCUCCAGAAUCCCGCCUCUCACCUCCCCCCUCGGGUCGCUCGGAACCACCUCCAGAAUCCCGCCUCUCAGCCUGGGAGGACCUGCUGGCUGAGGCGGAGUGGCGGCGCGAUGAGGCGGAGCGUCUGAUCCACGUUCUGAACGAGGCUGUGAGGAGGCGGGUCCAGCUGGCGCCGCCCAGACCCGCCGGUUCCGCCUCCGUGGCCGUCCUCUUCUCCGGAGGCGUGGAUUCCAUGAUCCUGGCCGCCUUGGCGGACCGCCAUGUUCCAUCCCAUCAGCCCAUCGAUCUGCUCAACGUGGCGUUCCAGCGCCGGGAACCUAAACCGCAGAAGAAGAAGCUCCAGCAGGCGGCCGGCGCGCGGACAUCAGACCCGUUCGACGCUCCCGACAGACUCACAGGAAGGGCGGGUCUGGAGGAGCUGCGGAGCCUCAGCCCAGACAGGAAGUGGAACUUUGUGGAGAUCAAUGUGACGCUGGAGGAGCUGCAGGAAGCGCGGCGCCGGCGGAUCCGUCACCUGCUGCACCCUUUGGACACGGUGCUGGACGACAGCAUCGGCUGCGCCGUGUGGUUCGCCGCCAGGGGGGCGGGGCUGGUCCUGGAGGACGGCGCUCCGAGGGCCUUCACCUCCUCCGCUAAGGUCAUCCUGUCUGGGAUCGGGGCCGAUGAGCAGCUGGCAGGUUACUCCCGUCACAGAGUCCGCUUCCAGACAUCUGGACACCAGGGACUCCUCCAGGAACUGUCCAUGGAGCUGGCCAGGAUCUCCUCCAGGAACUUGGGCCGAGACGACCGAGUGAUCACGGACCACAGCAAGGAGGCCAGGUACGGGUUCCUCCAGGGACCGCCUUUCCCAGAACCAUCUGCUGAAUCUCUGGACCUCUUUGGAUUUCUAGUCCACCUUUUAAUCCCAUUUCAUUAAUUUACAUCUGGAGUU